UUCAGUUGACAGUGACAGCUUGCCAACCAGGAAGUGUUUUUCUUUUUUUCUAAAACGUUUUUGUAAAAAAAUAAUAAUUUCAUAGCAAAAACCGCGUAUUUUUUAUGACAAUAUCUUAUUGUUAAUCUAUCUAAUAAUUAAUAAUACAAUGAAUUUGCAAUAUUUUUACCUAUAUUGCUAGAAAAUGGCGAUUUGCCUGCCGUUAAGCAAAAAAGGGCCCCUUCCAAGAAAAACACUUAUAAAUAGUACAGUUUUAGGACAUAUUAUGUUAACCUUUUAAUGUUUGAUAACAUUUCGUAGUCACCUAGUUAAGGUAAGGAAUCAGAAUUUUAAGGAACUGCAAUUGUCCCUCAAUAUAGGGAAAUGCAAAAAACGUUAAGGGAGCCUGAAAGGAUAGGUUUGGGGCCCUCCAAUGGGAAAUUGCUGGAACUGCUGCAAGGAGCCACAACAGACGGCCCCAGAUUCUGUUGUACAAAAUUCUAACAAGGAAGAAAUGCCUGAGGCUCGAUUGUAUCCUGCUCCCAGCCAUGUUCCUGCUUCGACUUCACCAUUGGAAACACUUUUGAGUAAUGGAAAUCAUUUAGGUACACCAACGGAAAGCCAAUCUGCUUCAGCUAUAAGUCGGUUUUAUCCCCCAAGUAGAAGAGCCACCACUAGGUCUGCACCUGCAAUGGGUAUUGGAGAUAGCAAACCAUCUGACACCAAGCUCAACACAUUAUUUGAUCAUUAUAAAGAUGAGUAUGAGGAUAUAAUAGCAGCAGAAGGUAUAGACCAAUUCUGUAAAGAUCUCAGUGUACCUCCAGAUGAUUUUAAAAUAUUAGUGCUUGCAUGGAAACUAAAUGCUGAACAGAUGUGCCGAUUUACUCGGAUAGAGUUUGUAACUGGACUGAAAUCUAUCAAGUGUGAUUCAGUUAAAGCCAUACAAACUAGACUGCCUGAAUUAGUUCAAGACAUAGAGGAAAAUGACGAGCUAUUUAAGGAUCUUUACAGGUUCGCGUUUAAAUUCGGACUGGACGUCCAAUCCGGGCAACGUAUAUUGCCCACCAACAUGGCUGUGGUCUUAUGGAGACUCGUGUUCACAAUCAGAGAACCGCCGAUCCUUAAUCGUUGGUUAAAAUUCCUGGAGGAUCACCCGCUAAUACGGGGUAUCCCGAAGGACACGUGGAACAUGUUUUUGAACUUUUCGGAACACGUGGGCAACGAUCUGAGUUGCUACGAUGAUAACGAGGCCUGGCCCAGUUUGUUCGACGAUUUCGUCGAAUACGAAAAUGAUCAAGCGAAUCAGAACAUCACCAAGGAUAAAGAAUGUGAGGAUUUAUUUAUUAAAGAUUGACGGUAAAAGUGAAAAGAGGUUCGUGUGCUAGAUUUAAGUCGUGGGGAUCAGUAAAGAGUUUCUCGGUUAUUCCAGAUUUAUCUUGGACAAGAUGUUUCGAAGAUAAAUCUUUGCAAACAUUUUUGUAUAUAAGCAGUUUUAACCCUUUCGAAUCUAAUUUUUUAGAUCUAGAUCUAGGUUCUAUAUUUCACAAUGUUAUAAGGUUCCCAAAAAGACGACUUUAUAUUUUAACUUAAAGUGCUUUAUAACAGUAGAAGAAAAGAGAAAAGUAUUACAGAAUAAAUGUAACAUUGGAAGUCACAGAAAAAAUAUACUGGGUGCCAUAAGAUAUCUAUGUCUAUCAUUAAGCCAGUCAACUGAUCUGAUAGAUCUACUCCGCCCAUAAUAUUGAUGUUACAAGAGUUCAUAAAUUCGGGGCAGCUGAUAUUUACUUUACUGCCAUCUUUGCUUGUACGAACUACUUAGGUGAUUUUAUUGAUAAAAAAUUUUAGUUACUCAUAACGAAUGCCUGUUCAGUGUCUUCUUCGCAUAUUUUGGCACGUUUUUGCGAGUAGUCCCUACAGCAAGAAAUCGUAUUCAUUAAAUUAACUUUUUGUAAAAAAAGACGUUUCUUUUUUACUGCUUUUUCUCCCAAUGUCCCUUCAGUGGAAACUUUUUACAAUAAACAAUCGAGUCAUACAUAUAGCAUCUUUGAGCAUCACAUUUUUUCCAAAUUUUUAUUCCUGUCAGAUUUAAAUAUUUUUUGUGGCUGGACCUACUUUUGAAUUUUGCAUGCAAUCGUCAGUCGACUGAGUGUUUAUAGUGGUUUCAUAUCUACCUUUUUUAAAAUGUACCCUUCAGCGAUUAAACUAGGUCUUCAAUUAAAUAAAUAUUGCAAGCGUCGGUUGGUUUUUUUGGAUUAGUAAAAUAUAAUUUGGUAAUUAAUAUUUUUAUUGCUUCAUGACCAAACGUGGAAAUAGAAGGAAGGUUAUUGUACGCUAUAAUAAAUGGGAUUUCAAUUAAUAACGCUAUUGUUUAGUUGAUGGAACAAUAUAACUCAAAGUACUUUUUGGAAAUAAUGUAUAAAAAACAUCCACAACAGAAAAACUUUGAUUCAAGUCAAUAAGUAUAACACAAGGUCUGUUUUCAGGCAAUGAAUAUGUGGUAGUAUAUGAAUAUGAAGUAGCUUCAAAUAUCAUCAUUUUCUGAAAAAAUAUCAUUUUCAGCAUGACCUAAAGUCAACAUUACUGCAUAUUGAUAUUAAUUGAUUAAAAUUAAUUCACAGAUUUCUUUGUUUGUUGAGUCAUCGGUUUCCUUAUAACCUGUGAUAUAUUCCUUGUCUUGAUAAUGUUUCAAUAACAUCUGAUAUAAUUUUAAAAUCUUCUUUAUUUUUUUUAAAUGCUUGCUGUUCCUUUUCGAAUAACUUAAAUGGUUUUCCCAGUGCGUUUUUAAUUUUUCGCCUAGCUUUCUUAAAUAAGUCAGUUGUAAAAUUUGUUCGUAAAUCGGUAAUUCACAAAAAGUCUAGGUCUUUCUAUUCUGAAAGAACAGGUGUACCAGUAUACUGCAUCUCCUUUAAUACUAUACUCUAACCAUGGAUAUAACGUAUAAUAUUUUUCAGAAAAUUCCCUUUUCUGCUGGCCAAAACUAGUUAUCGAAUAUAUAUUAAAUACUGGCUGUGACGGAUUUGAUUAAGAGUAAAUCUGCGGUUUUGUUUUGGAAGUGAUUUUGAUAACUUUUUGAUUCUUUAUUCGAAAAUCAAGAACAGCAUUUAAAUUAGAAGCACAGGUAAAGUCCAGUGCAACGAUAUAUUAGAAUGGUCACCCGUCAAAACACCAGCAUUCCACCUGCCAAACAAUGUCAUCCACCUUCUAUUUACAUUGUUUGACAUGUAAAAUGCUGGUGUUUUGACGGGUGAACAUUCUAAUAUAUCGUUGCACUGGACUUUACUAGAACAAGGUUUCCUUUGAAAUGAUGAUGCAGUAGCAUUAGCAAACAAAAUAAAAAAUAUGCUGUAAGCUAUUUCAAGGCAUAAUUUUCAAAAAAAAAUUGAUAGAUUUUGUACAUUUUUACUAAUUAGUAGGGUAAAGCAAAUUAAAUAAGGUAUCAAUUGACCAUCAUUCCCAUUUAAAAGAAAAAUUGGAAACGGCACCUCCACUUAUUUUAAUUUUUUUUAAAUGCUUACCUUUUCAAAAUUUUAGCUAAAUCAAACUCGUAGUUUUGUUAUGUUGAAAACGUGUGUCCGCCGAUUUUAGAAAAAUGGGAAAAGAGCAAUAUCGGCCGGCGAUUCGAUUCUUGUUUUUGGAAGGGAAAUCGCGCAGCGAAAUCAAAGAGCGCUUGGAUGCUGUGUACGGUGACUCUUCUGCUUCGAUGGCAACCGUCAAAAAUUGGUUUAACGAGUUUCAAUCUCGGUUUUUGAUGAGUCACGCCCGGGUGCCCCUAAAACGACUUCCACUGACGAAAAUCUACGAUCUUGUAUUGGCAGACCGCCGAUUGAAGGUGUGCGAGAUAGCUGAGACAGAAGGCAUCUCGAAAGACCGCAUAGGUCAUGUCCUACAUGAAAUUUUGGGAAUGAGAAAGCGGUCAGCGCGAUGGGUGCCGCUUUUGCUCAUCCUGGACCACAAGCGCAACCGUGAGACCACUUCAGUGCAGUGUUUGACGUUGUUUAAGCGCAUUCUGAAGGAGUUUCUGCAUCGUUUCAUGACGGUCGACGAAACAUGGAUCCACUGGUACACACCAGAGACCAAAGAACAGUCGAAACAGUGGACUUUACCCGGCAAACAUGCUCCGAAGAAGGCGAAGACGGUCCCAUCGGCCGGAAAGAGUGAUGGCCGUUUUUUGGGAUUCACAAGGUGUGAUAUAUAUGCCGCAUUAUUGCCGAAUUACAUAAUAAACGGCCCCAUUUGGUGAAGAAUAUACUCUUCCACAACGCGCCGGCUCACACCUCCGCCAUCGCCACGGUUAAAUUGGGUUACGAACUUCAUCUACCGUAUUCGCCAGAUUUGACCCCGUGCGACUUCUUGUUUCCAAACUUCAAAAAAUCACUCGCCGGGCAGAAAGUCGAAUCGACUUAGGAGCUUAUUGCCGCCAUGGAGGCUUACUUUGUAAACCUCCAGAAAACGUAUUUUUCAGACGGAUUAAAGAAGUUGGAGCAUCGCUGGAUGUUCAUGAUGUGUUUUGAGUUAAAAGGAGACUCUGUAGAGAAAUAAAUUGUCAUUUCUCCCAAAUUUUCAUUUUUCUUUUCUAUGCUAAGUACUCAUCGAAUCACCCUCGUAAUGUCAUAGCUUUGGCGCCAUUUACAAAAUGUCGCUAAAAGGUUUGUAAUUUCAUUUUUGAACGAUUUACAAUUGAAACAUAUAAACGUAUAAAGUACAAACCUAAUUAAAAAAUAUUGUGGUGAUAUAACCUAUUCACUAUUUCUUUUUAGCCUUUAAAUUAGCAUAAACUUGAAAUAUUGUACAAAUAGAUCCGUACAAAUUUCUCUAUUUUUUCCUCAAGUAAGUAAAAGUAAAAUUCCGACAUUAAUUUAAAAUUGUAAAAUAAUUUUUUUUUAAAUUAUCAUUGACAUGUAAUCUGGAGAUUCGAUAUAUUAUGGCGACUGGGUACUUUACCGCGUGCACAUUGAAGUGAGGUUAGUAAAAUUGCAUACUACACAACCUGAACACAAUAAACCAAUAAUUUUAACGACGACGCAUAAUAGACUAAUAAGACAGUAUAUGGGCAUAUUAACAAUACUCUGCAUCCCAAUAGUCACUAGAAAACUAGUGGUGAGAUAUAUAUGCCCUAAUAGGAUUAUGAAAGUUUAUUAUAUAAAAAAUCUAUCUAGAAAGGGUUAAAUUUUUAACCAGUUUUUACAUUGGAUCUCUCGAGGCAUCUUAAAAACUAUAUUUAUGCUUGAAGUGAGCGACAUAUUAAAUUUUUAUUGCUACUUAUUGAUCCCCACUAUAUCAAUAUCGGUGUCAAGUGCAAAAGUGUUUUCAUCAUUGCCUAACAUAAAGUAUUGUAAAGAAAGUCGUGAUUUACCUACAUUUUGGUGUUCUUAAGAAGUCUGGUGGUUGUACAAAAUAUAUUUUACCCGUUAUGUUCUGCAGGACUUUUAGGUUUUAAACGUUAGUAACUAAACCAUUCUUAAAUUAAAUUAUUUUCUUCCAAUGCAUUUAGUAUUAGGUUUCCGGCAGUUCCCCAUCGUACUGAUCCAUGAAAGAUGGUAUAUUUAAGUUACUUUAUUUGAGGAAGUUAUUUUUUUAUUAAAUAAUUUUCACUAAAAUAAGUGUUAGCUCAAUAUCUAUCAAAUGGUCAAGCCAUGUUAAGUUGGACAUGUGCUGUAGCUUUUUUAAGAUAGACGGUAUGUUCAGUACGGUGAUCAUUUUGUUAUCCCAACGAAAAACGUGUGUUUAUUGAGGCUUUGGAUCUGUUUUGACUGAAAAAAUAAAUCGUUUGCCUUGAACUUUUUCCUAAAUUUAGGUCGUGACAAACUGGUAAAUGCUUAAAAGUAAUGUGUUUAUAUUAACUUUGAUUGUACUUAAGCCGGGAUCUGAUAAAUACACGUUUUAUUUCACUCAAUACAUUGACGUUUACAUAUGUUAACUCAUUUUUUAUUUUAGCAAAUACGAGUUUGUUAUGCCUAUAGCUCCUUCUUUUGUGUGAUAUAUUAUUUAUAUUUUAAUAAAUGAUGAUAGAUUUUAA